CGCUUCCGGUCCACGAUGGAGACGCUCUCCCAGGAUUCUCUGCUGGAAUGCCAGAUCUGCUUCAAUUAUUACAGCCCGCGGCGCAGGCCCAAGCUGCUGGACUGCAAGCACACCUGCUGCUCAGUGUGUCUCCAGCAGAUGAGGACGAGCCAGAAGGACGUGCGCUGCCCCUGGUGUCGCGGCAUCACCAAGCUGCCCCCCGGCUUCUCUGUGUCACAGCUUCCUGAUGACCCCGAGGUCCUCGCCGUCAUCGCCAUCCCGCACACCUCGGAGCACACCCCGGUCUUCAUCAAACUCCCCAGCAAUGGGUGCUACAUGCUACCCCUGCCCAUCUCCAAGGAGCGCGCGCUGCUGCCCGGCGACAUGGGCUGCCGGCUACUGCCUGGGAGCCAGCAGAAGUCGGUGGCUGUGGUGACCAUCCCCGCUGAGCAGCAGCCUCUGCAAGGCGGGGCGUCCCUGGAGGCCACGGAGGAGGAGCAAGACAGGCGGGGCGUGGUGAAAAGCUCGACCUGGUCCGGGGUGUGCACUGUGAUCUUGGUGGCCUGCGUCUUGGUCUUCCUUCUCGGCAUCGUGCUCCACAACAUGUCCUGCAUUUCUAAGCGCUUCACUGUGAUAUCCUGUGGCUGAAAGGAGCUGCAGAGGCGAGUCUCUUGUGG